CGUGUAUAAAAUUCUCUCGUCUACAUUCCAGACCUGGUGAGAUAAAAAUAAAAUGAGAUAUGCUGUCGCCGGCUUCCACGGCGCAAGGUGCAUCAAGGUUAGAUUCCAAUUUCUGUCUGUCGGCUAUUCAGCCCAGCGGUUUCUUCAUUCUUCUACGCCUAAGCACCAUCCAGAAGAGCACGACGCCCCCGAUGCUCUUGAUCCGCGCCUGGAAGACCUGGGUAAGGUUAUUAGAGAUGAAUACGCGAUAGUUAGGGAACAAUACGAUACCCCGAAACACCCUGUUGUUCUCGCACAUGGACUUCUUGGAUUUGAUGAACUGCGUUUGGCUGGGCCUUAUCUUCCGGGGGUUCAGUACUGGCGUGGGAUCAAAGAAGCUUUAUCGAUGAAAGGGGUUCGAGUGAUCACGGCAACAGUGCCUCCCUCCGCAUCCAUCGAAUUGCGUGCCGAAGAAUUAGCGAAGGAUAUCGCCAUUGGCGCACGCGGGGAGCAUGUUAAUAUUAUCGCCAUGAAGAAGUCGAUUGGCUCCCUGGCAACUGUUAAUCGGUGUUCAAGCGGGCUUGAUUCUCGAUAUAUGAUCACACAUUUGAAGCCGAAUGAUUUCAAGGUCAAAUCGUUGACCACAAUUGCAACCCCACACAGAGGCUCUGCUGUUGCAGAUUACGUCCUCAAGCAGAUAGGUGAUGACCGUCUUACACAGCUAAACUAUGCGCUCGAUCGGCUAAAAGUAGAAACCGGCGCAUUCGCCCAGUUGACGCCCGACUAUAUGACAAAAUCUUUCAACCCCACGACGCCAGACAUUGAAGAUGUCCGAUACUUCUCCUACGGGGCGGCAAUGCAGCCAAGCUUCUGGUCCGUCUUCCGUCUGUCCCACCGUCUCUUGGAACAAGUCGAAGGGUACAAUGAUGGGCUAGUCAGCGUUGCCAGCAGCAAGUGGGGAGGCGACCAGGGUUACAAGGGAACCCUUGAAGGCGUAAGCCACUUGGACUUGAUCAACUGGAGCAACCGACUGAAGUGGUUGGCUGGUAAAAUCACGGGAAACAGACCAAGGUUCAACGCCAUUGCGUUCUACCUUGAUAUUGCAGACAUGCUCGCUAAGGAAGGACUCUGAGGACGGCGGGGCGCAGUCAUAUUGGAAAUCUUGGUGCCUAGAGGCGUGCUUGUAGUGUGGAAAGUGGACGACACCCAAUGAUUGAAAGAGGUCCAG